AUGGGUAAGGAUGAGGGAACACGGAAGAAGAAAGAAUCAAUCGUUGACCUUGCUCGAUUCAUUGAUAAGAAAAUCCGUGUCAAAUUCCAAGGAGGCAGAGAAGCAGCGGGAAUUCUCAAGGGCUACGACGCGUUGUUGAAUCUUGUUCUGGAUAACUGCGUUGAAUAUCUUCGUGAUCCUGAGAACCCAGGAACAAUUGGUGAUGACACGAGGUUAAUGUUGUCAUACAAUUCUGCUGCUUUAAUUAGGCUAAAGAAGUAA